AUGAAACAAUGUGCGAUGUGCUACAAGCAUCGGCGAAUUGGUCGAUGGUGGUGGCCACCGAAACAGCUUGUGCAAGCUGGGGCUGCGCAUGCUGAUUCUGGCUUAGCCGGUGCGAUUGCAUUGGAGAAGGCUAUGAAGGGGCGCGGCACAUAUCGAUACUCUCUUUGGUGUUGCCGGCCUUGCUGGGAUGCUUGGCUGGUGCAGUACAAGCAAUGGUUCCAUGAUGACAACUGGAAUAUCGGAGCACCAGAGGAAUCACCGACUUCGAGUUCUUCCCGAGGUCGAAAGCGGAAAAGCCCUCAGCCAGAUCUGACGCCAGGUCAGUUGUACCACUAUGACUUCGUGGAGAUUGGAACUUCCAACUACCAUACGUUUACACAGGCUGCAGGCUCACAUCCAAGCCACAAGCCGUGUGCCUAUAGGUUUCUCCCCAAAGAGGGUUUGACGAAGCUGCGUGGUUUGGCGGUGGACAUGAAGCAGAGGUAUUUGGACCAACUGCCCGACUUGCCGAAUGUAAGGAAAGUUCGAGCUGCGGUCUCUGAUCGUGAAAGCGUGCUGCAGAUGCAUCAUGUCAAACUUGCUGACAUUGAGCACUGGGAGCGUGUCUUCGCCACACAAGGCAACUACAGAGGCUUCAAAUACAUUCGGCUUGCACGAGGAUGCAGUGCCUUGGGUAAGCACAAGGUAUUGGCAAGUGCGCUUAGUAGAAUUGGCUUGCAGCAUCUCAUUCGAGUCAGGUCCAUGCGAACCAAGACAGUGGAGACGCUGUUUCAGGAAUCCCAGGUCGGCACUGUGAAUGUGCUGGCACUGGAUUGUGAAGGCCAUGACUGUGCCAUCUUAAAGGGCCUCAUGGAUGCCUGCAAGAAGCGUCGAGAAUGGUAUCCAAAAUGGAUAUUGUUUGAGACGAACGGCAUGAACGAUGAGACCUUUGGAAAAGGCACAGAAAGGUCGACAGUGGAAGCGCUUGUAGAGGAAGGCUAUGAGCUGCUCUAUGGAGGAGGUUAUUCUGACACUGGCAAGCGCGACACCGUCCUGCAGAGAACUUGGUGA